GUAAGGGCGGGUGGAGAUAUUCUACUCACUUCGCUAUGCUGACCAGCCGGGUUUGCAGUCUCAAGGCUCCACCCCGUGACGCGGCUCUGGCCUCGUGGUGUGCAGGCCAGGGUAGUUUUAAGCUUGCGCUCUCCCUGGGCCCGGGCUCCUGGCCACGAGUCAGGUUCUGGGACUGAGAGCGAACGAGGGCCAAAGGCCAGGAGAGCAGGCUCCUCACACGCAGCCAUGGCCAGCGAGGGUCCUGAGCGCGAGCAUCCAUCUGUGACGCUCUUCCGGCGGUACCUGCGCAUCCCUACUGUGCACCCCAAGCCGGACUACGGAGCUGCUGUGGCCUUCCUUGAGGAGAGGGGCCUCCAGAUGGGCCUGAGCUGUCAGAAGGUGGAGGUGGCACCUGGCUAUGUAAUUGUUGUGCUGACCUGGCCAGGCACCAACCCCAGACUCUCCUCCAUCUUACUCAACUCCCACAUGGAUGUGGUGCCUGUCUUCAAGGAACACUGGAGUCAUGACCCUUUUGAGGCCUUCAAAGAUGCUGAGGGCUACAUCUAUGCCAGGGGAACCCAGGACAUGAAGAGUGUCAGCAUCCAGUACCUGGAGGCAGUGAAGAGGCUGAAGGAUGCAGGCCACCGUUUUCCUAGAACCAUCCACAUGACCUUUGUGCCUGAUGAGGAAAUUGGAGGUUUUCAAGGUAUGAAGUUAUUCAUACAGCGGCCAGAGUUCCAGUCCCUGAGAGUAGGCUUUGCCCUGGAUGAGGGCCUGGCCAACCCCACGGAUGCCUUUACUGUCUUCUAUAGUGAGCGGGCUAUCUGGUGGGUGCGGUUUACGAGCACUGGGAGACCAGGCCAUGGCUCACGCUUUAUUGAGGACACAGCAGCCGAAAAGCUGCACAAGGUAAUGAGCUCUGUCCUGGCGUUCCGGGAGAAGGAAAAGCAGAGGCUCCAAUCAAAGCCUAACCUGAAGGAGGGGGCUGUGACCUGUGUGAACCUGACAAAGAUAGAGGGUGGUGUGGCAUUUAACGUGGUGCCCGCCACCAUGAGCGCUGUCUUUGACUUUCGCAUUGCACCAGAUGUGGACCUGGAGGCUUUCGAGAAGCAGCUCCAAAGAUGGUGCCAGGAAGCUGGUGAGGGGGUCACCUUUGAUUUUCUUCAGAAAUGGACGGAGCCUCGAGUGACCUCUACCGAUGAUGCAGACCCCUGGUGGGCAGCUUUCAGCGGGGCCUGCAAGGACAUGAACCUCACACUGGAGCUGGAGAUCUUUCCUGCUGCCACUGACAGCCGCUAUAUCCGCGCGGCAGGGGUGCCUGCACUGGGCUUCUCACCCAUGAACCGGACGCCGGUGCUGCUCCACGACCAUAAUGAGCGGCUGCACGAGGCCGUGUUCCUCCGGGGGAUUGACAUAUACACACGCCUGCUGCCCACCCUGGCUAGUGUGCCCACCCUGCCCACUGAGCACUGAGCCCCAGAACCCUGGCCUCUGCCCUGGAGCUUCCACCCCAAACACAGCAAGGAUUUCCUCUUCUCCUGCCCAGUUACAGGCUGUUCAGACAGAGGCCACACUUGAAGUUCUAAGUGCAAACAUUCGUGGAGGAGCUCUCACUUCUCUGCUGAUGUGCUGUGACCCUCCCUUUCAGACACAGUGAACCUGGCUGUGCCCUUGCCUACCAGCCCACACUGCUUUGUGCCCCUUGCCAUCACAUACUGUCCCAUACCCCUGAGCCACAUCUGCCCACCAACAAGGAGCCUUAGUUCCUGUGCUCAGGGGCCACCAAGCUUAAAUCUGACCUGUGCAGCUGGGGAUAUUGCUCCCACUGAAAGCCAGUACCAAGACAAGCACCUCAAGGUACUGCUCCUAGCCUUCUUGGAGGAUCCUUGGUACUGUAGGGCAGGACCAGAAUCGGGCCAGCUAAGCCACACACUAGUGGGACGGUAAGAUAUGAGUGCUUUUUUGUUGUGUUUUGUCAAAACCCAUGGUCUCUGCUAUGGGGAGCAGGGGCCCUGGUAGACCAGGUAUUCGAGGUUCCCAGCAGAUAGGUCAUGGUAUGUGUGGAGGGACCCAGGAGGUGGGCCUUAGUCUUGGUGCUUAUAGGAAACCAGUUUGAUACCUACAGCCAACCAUGUUGGUUAUAACCAUGCUUUUGCCUGCCAGGUGACCCUCCCACAUUCCAAACCCUACAGAAUGAAGUCAUUAAUAACCUACCUAACAUUUGGUGUGCUGAUGGCUAGGGAUGGCACUAGGGCCUUGCACAUGCCAAGCAAGCACUCUACCAGAGCUGUGUCCCCAGCCCUUAUUAGUACUUCUUGAGAAAGCCAGUUGGCUUCAGGCUUUGUCCUGCUCAGCACAUAAGCACCUUCCUCCUGCCUCAGUAGGUAUGAGGUCGCUCCUGUCUGCCAUUGCCUGAGACAUGCCCCAGUCUUUAGGUCCCCAAUAAGUUGUUUAGGCAAUCCCAGUUUUGAUUCUUUGGUCUUUGGCACCUUCCUCCUCUGGCAGCUUUUCACAUUGAGCACUGCUGAGAAGUUUUCAAUAAAGAGCUAAGA